AUGGAAGUGGACCCAGAGCUGCACAGCCAUAGUGACCUGAGUCCAGCCAUCAACGCGCUGCGCGUGCCCGAUUUCAAGUGGGCAGAUCAGCAGCCGAGCACCGCUGGCCUCAGAGCCGUGUGGGAGCUGAAGCAUCACCGGACGAAGAGGGGGGCGUUCUUCCACUCCGGGGUCAAAGUGUGUCCCCAGGAAACCAUCCGGGAGGUCGUUGCCAGCCACCAAGCCUACUACAAACUCAGAGUGUGCCAGGAGGCGGUGUGGGAGGCCUUCCGGAUCUUCUUCGACCGCAUCCCUGGCACCAGUGAGUAUCAGCGCUGGGUGCACAUAUGCCAGCACGAGUCCCUGUGCGUGGCCGACUUGGCCGCCAACUUCAGCAGCUCCGAGGAGCACCUCAACAUGAUCUAUCGGCGGCUGAACUUGCAACCACCACCGGAGCUGCCAGGAGGAGAAUCGCCGGCGGAGGAGCGUCCCGUGGUGGAAACAGCAGCAGAAGAGGAUGGUCAGUCAGAGACAGAGGGAGGAGGAGAGGGAGGAGACGGAGGAGAGGACUCAGUCCCAGAUGUUGCCGUCGGCACGGACAGCCCUCCUGGCGGUGGAGAGGAAGGCGCUGAGGCGACCACGGAGGACCUGGACCUUCCAAACGUGCUACCAGAGCACCCCGUGGAGCAGAUUGUGCCAUUCUCCAUCAACCUGGUGGACCCUGGCUACAGGGAGCUCCUGGGAGACGAAGACUCCCCCCAGUACCAUGACCUGUCCAGACAUCUCCAAGAGCAGAUGUUGCAAGUCUUCAACAAACUGCCUGGAUUUAAGACGAUCAACGUGAGGAGAAUCAGGACCGGAGGAAUCUCAGUCUACUACGCUGUUCUGUUUGAGAACGGCAUGACAGCAGAUGAAGCAGAGGGAGGGGAAGAGACGGCUCAUCCUUCGGCUCCGAAGCUGAUAGACCUGAUGACCACUGCCCUGAAGGAAGAGGCAACCCUCCCUGUUGACCUCAGUACACUCGUCUUCUACCCAGAUCUGGGUGCCACAGCACCAACGCUUGUUGAAACAAUUGAUGAGAUCACAGAGUCCCACAAUGAUCCUGAGGUGAAUUUUCCUGAGAGCAACGAUCUGGACACUGUUGGCACCGAAGACAUUCCUGACAUCCCAACGGAUGAAGAACCGGAGCCAACCAGUCCACCAGAGGAAGAGGAGCCGUACAUCACGCACAUGAUCGAGACCAUCAUCAUAGAUGGCACGGGCGAACUCGUAAGGGACUACACCCCCCCGACUCCACCAGAGAGUGUGGAUGACCCAGAUUAUGAAGACACUCGUCCUAGAGGAGAUGUCCCGAUAUUCGACUCAGAGGACUCAGAAGAAGAAAAUGUUGAUGUUGGUGUGGAGAGUGACUUGAUUCUUAACUUCAUACCAGAGGAAGAGGCCGUGCCGAGCUCCACCUCCACAGACACUCUGCUCACAGUGGCCACAGUAAGCCCAGAGCAUUCGGGAGAUAUUGAGUCUAGCCUUCCAGUCACCACCCUCUCAGCAAUAACUCACCAGCCCCCCACGGAGCCACUUGGAGAUCUAGAUGAGUCUGAGGAGGAGGAAGUUGUGGUAGUUUACACAGCUGAAGGAGAAAUGCCCGAGAUCGCUGAUCCUGAGGAGGAAUUCGAACCAGUGGACGAAGUUCUGAUAGAAGCCGGAGCUGAAGAGUUGCCAGGUGAACCUGUAGAGGAAGUUAGUGUAGUCGUGGAAGAAGUGAGUGAACCUGAGGAGGAUGUCAAUGCGCCAGAAGAUGAUGGACUGGAGGAAGUAAUAAUUGAAACAGAUGAAGAAGUGAUCAUUGAAAUGGAGGAAGAAGUGGUUGUUGAGGAGGAGGUCCUUCUUGAAGAACCUGUAGAUGCGCUACCUGAGGAACUGGACGAGGCUGUUGAAGUGGAACCAGAACCAGAAGCGGAAAUUGUUGAGGAAGAACCUGAUGCCGGGGUGGAAAUCGACGCCUCAGAGUCUGUGGAGGAAAUUGAGGUUACGGACGAAGUUACAGUACCCGAGGAGGAAGCUGAAGGUGAGGAGGAGACGCCCACCGAGGGGGAGUUGGAGGAGUUGGAGGAGGAGACGACAGCUCCACCUAUGGAGAGCAUUAAGAUCAUUGUUCCAGAGAUGCCAGAUGAUGACAUCCCGCCUGAAGAGCAACUGUUGCCUCAGCAGCCGGAGGAGCCACACAAUCUUCCUUCUAUGCCUGAGGACUACAUACCUUGGGAGGAAGUUGAGGACAUGGAGGAAGAGCCGUUUGUGGAUGUCACCAUUGACCUGCUGCCAGAGGAGGAGUAUGGUCUUGAUAUAGAAGCUGACAUGGAGGAAUCAGAAGAGGUUGUGAUUGAGGACAGUGAGGCAGCUGGAGCAGAGGAGACGGCUGAAGAAGUAGAAGAACCUGAAACCGGAGAAGGGUCAGAAGAGGAGGAGGAAGGUUUGGAGGUUGUUUUGGAGGACACACCUACAGUAGUCCCAGAGCAGCCAGUGCCAACAACACCAUCCCUUGACAUGGGGCUUUUCGAGGUUUUCCUAACCGAUGAACCCUACCAGGAGACAGGUCUGGAGGUGAUGGCUGAAGACAUAGAAGAAAACGACAUGGUAACUGAGACAGAGGUAGAAAUAGAAACCUAUUCCGAUACAUCUGAGGAAACAAGCCUGGAAGAUCUCGCUGUAGAGCUGGAUAAAGCAGAUGUUGUUAAUGUGGAGAAGAUAGACUUGCUCGGCUAUGGCAGUGGCUUCAGUGAGGAACAUCCUUUUGAGGCAACAGCUACGCCACCCCUGAAAUACUUAACCACCCCUCUCAUGACCACCGCGAGCCGAGGCAGAGAACUUGUGGUCUUCUUCAGCCUAAGGGUCACAAACAUGCUCUUUUCAGAGGAGCUUUUCAACAGGAGCUCCGACGAGUAUAGGACUCUGGAGAACCGAUUCACUGAACUGCUGCUUCCGUACCUUCAGACCAACCUCACUGGGUUCAGGCAACUGGAGAUCCUGAACUUCAGAGAGGGAAGUGUGGUGGUGAACAGCAAGAUGACCUUCACCAAGUCUGUGCCGUAUAACGUCACCAUGGCCGUGCAUUGUGUCCUGGAGGAAUUCUGCAAUGAAGCAGCGGAACGGUUAAACAUAAAGAUUGACAGCGGUUCCCUUGACGUGGAGCCUGCGGACCAAGCUGACCCGUGCAAAUUUCUGGCCUGCAACGAGUUCUCCCGCUGUGUGGUAAACCGCUGGAGCAAAGAGGCAGAGUGUUUAUGUGACCCCGGUUACGUCACCGUGGACGGACUACCCUGCCAGAGUGUCUGUGAGGUCGUGCCGGACUUUUGCCAGAACGGCGGACAGUGUGAGAUAAUCCCGGGUCACGGCGCAGCCUGCAGAUGUUCUGUGGGUAAAUACUGGCACUUUAGAGGAUCUCACUGCUCUGAGCUGGUGUCCCAGCCCCUAGACCCCUUUCUGAUCAUAGCCAGCCAAUUGGGGUCCCUUGUCUUUGUUUAUGCCGCGCUUUCUCGCUUGAUACUCAUGGUCAGGAAAUGGUUACGGACGAGAAAGAAAGUGUCUUUGGUGUAAGCAGGCCUUCUUUUUCCCGUAACACCCGCACACUUGUAGGGAUAUGUUUUCUGUAUAUGCCUGGCAUGACUGUGAUGUAGAGACACACACAUUAAAGAUACCACUCCAUGCUAACACAUUGACACUGCUUCAUCAAAAUAGUCCUUAAACAUAUCAAUGCCAACCUCCAUGCAAGUCUUGUCACUAAAUAGGCAUACACAGCUUUAACAGGUCCAAACAAGCUCUAAAUGCUGUGCUUUGUGUUUGGAGCUGAUGUGUAAUGUUUUUAGGUAAUCUUCAUG